UAAUUUAGCCCUUACAAUUUUCAUUGACGAUCAAAGCAAUGAGCUUCCUCCUCCAUGGCUUCGCAUGAACAACCUUCAAUCUGGAGCUUCAACUCGUACAUGAAAAAAAAAUUGUUACUUUUCAUCAUUAUUUUUUUUUCUUUACUACUAUCCGAUUCUGUAGGAAUUUUCCAAACCUCGGAUGUCCUGGAUCGUAGUAGCUCGAGUUGAGCACGAAUAACGACGAUUUGUUUCGGAUUGAAAGUUGAGGUAAACAAUCUUAUUGUUUCAAAGUAAGAGUCCAAAUCUCCUUCCUGUGUGUUACUUUGCUUGCUAUGGCAUGGAUGAUGCAUGGACUCUAACCUGAUGGUGAUGUCUAGCAAGUUUGAAUUCGCUUCAGGGAGCCCGGAUAGACCGUUACAAUCUAGUGGGCAACGUGGAGCCCACAUGGCCGUUCCACUAGACAGAUCUGGUAGCUUUCGUGAGAGUUUGGAGAAUCCAAAUUUAUCUACUCUUCCAAAUAUGUCGAGAAGUGCUUCUGCUGUAUCACAAGGGGACGUUUUAAAUUUCUUGCAAUGCUUGCAUUUUGGUCGAAAGUUGGUUGCCACAGAUGAAAAGUCUAAUCGUCAAGGGGACUUCAGCAGACAGUUACAACUUGCUCUUAGUAUGUCACCUGAUGAUUCUCCAUCUAGUUCUUCAAAAGGUAAAUUGCCAUCAUCUGUGAUGCGAGAAGAAAUCAAGCGGAUGAAGGGUAGUCUACGGGAGUGCUCUGUCAAAGCCAGGGAACACUUAAAAAUUUUCAAUGAAGCCUUAUCUGUAUUUAACAAGUUUUUCCCAAGUGUACCAUCAAAAAAGAGGUCACGGUUAGAAGGUUAUAACAACGAGCGGUCCAAUUUCAUUGUAUCCGGUGAGCGGUCAGCUAGGGGGCAAGUAGGUAAGUUUGGAAAUCAGAGUAACACUGGCGUUUUUGAACAUGAGAUGCAGAAAUCUGAAGAACGAAUUAAAAACGCUAUGCCCAAUAAACGCACAAGAACUUCUUUGGUGGAUUCAAGGGGGAUGGAUGUUCGUGGUAAUGCUCCUGUGAGACCAUCUGGAGGUGCUGAUAGGGAAAGAGAUGCACUAAGACUUGCAAAUAGUUGUGCUGUUCCAGGUGAAGACAGGAGUUUAUCAAUUGGCGUUGAUGGUUGGGAGAAGUCAAAAAUGAAGAAAAGGCGAUCUGGAAUAAAGUCAGAUGUCUCUUCAAGCAGUCAGUCAACCAAACCAGUUGAUAGUUAUGAUGAAGUUAAGCAGCAAUUGCAGCAAAGACCUGUUUCUGAUGCUCGAUCACGAAUGAAUAAAGAUAGCCAUGGGUUUAGGCCAGGGGUGGCUAAUGGAGCUCCUGGUGUUGGAAAAUCUGAAGGUGUUGCUCAACAGAAUGGCUUGGGUAUUCGUUCAUCCAUGUCCAGGACUGAUUUGGACGGCAAUUCCCUUGUCAGUGACAGGAGAGAUAUUUCUAUUGUUUCGGACAAAGAAAGAGUGAACCUCCGGGGUGUUAACAAGUCAAAUGUUCGCGAUGAUAUUGUUUUAACCAGCCCUACAUCAAAUGCUAAAGUGAAUCCAUCUGUUCGUGCUCCACGGUCCAGUUCAGGCAUUGCUCCAAAAUUUUCUCCGGUUGUUCAUAGAUCAGUUCCUUCUAAUGAUUGGGAUAUGUCAAAUUGCACAAAUAAGCUUACUGCUGGUGGUGGUGUGAACAAUCGCAAACGCAUGACAUCAAUGCGGUCCUCAUCCCCUCCAGUUUCCCAAUGGGCAGGCCAGAGGCCACAGAAGAUCUCCCGCAUUGCAAGGAGGACCAAUCUGGUUCCUAUUGCUUCAAGCAAUGAUGAUACUCCUUUGGAUAACACAUCUGAUGUUGGGGGCAAUGAUACUGGCUCGGGAUUUGGUAGACGCAUGUCUGGUAGUUCUCCCCAGCAAGUGAAAAUAAAAGGUGAACCAUUAUCCUCAGCUGCCCUAUCUGAAAGUGAGGAAUCUGGGGCUGCUGAGAUCAAAUCUAGAGAGAACACCCGAAAAUCGGACAAUUUAGAUGAUAAAUCCGAACACGGUGUUCAGAAGGUACCUACCUUAGUUCUGCCGAAUAGGAAGAAUAAAUUGAUUGAUGAAGACAUUGGAGAUGGGAUUCGGAGACAAGGGAGGACUGGUCGUGCUUUCACUUCCACUAGGUCUCUCAUGCCAAUGACAGUUGAGAAGAUUGAGACUGUCGGAACUGCAAAACAGCUUAGAAGUACCAGACAUGGAUUUGAUAAAGUUGAAAGCAAGGCAGGUCGUCCACCGACUAGGAAAUUUACUGACCGCAAGGCAUAUAAACGUCAUAAGCAUUCAGCAACGAAUGUGGGGACAGAUUUUCUUGUUGGAUCAGAUCACGGGCGUGAGGAGCUAAUGGCUGCUGCUAAUGCUGUUAUAAAUCCUGGUUUGUUCUUAGGUUUCAUGCAUACAUGUUUCUCUACGGAUGUGAAAUGCUAUUAUCUCUCUCAUGCUGCAUAUGUUAAUCACACUGCUACAACAGGUCACACUUUUUUCAGCCCAUUUUGGAGACAGAUGGAGCCAUUCUUUUGUUUUAUAUCUGAAGCAGAUAUUACACACUUAAGAAAACAAGGAGAUCUUGAAGUUACUGCAUCGGGGCCAAAAGUUGUUUCAGACAAGGACACUUCCAAUAUUAGUCUCGAUGAUUUUGAGCGCCUUGAAAAUGAAGAAAGAGGAGAAGUUCCUUUAGGACAUUUAAUUCACGAGUCUAAAGAUCAUACCGUGGUUCCUUUAUACCAGAGACUCUUAGCCUCGUUAAUUCCAGAGGAGGUUGCUGACAACAAAAGUGAGGACAUUAAGUAUGAUAAUUACGGAAUGUCCGACUUAGAUGAAGAUUUUAAACCAAACAAAUUGAGUCACGAAAUUUUACCUAGUUCUCAGCUUUCUGUGCAUUCUGCUAAUGAUGAUUAUAACAUGAGAGGAGGAUCAGGUUCAGAUCAACAUAUGCCUGAAACAGAUAGACAGAGCAUCCCAAACUCUGUGAUGAUGUUAAAUUUCUCAAAUUCCCUGAAUGGCUUGGUCUCCAAUCAAACCUUGAUGCCUGGAAUGGUCUGUUCAGAGUUGCAGUAUGAUGGCAUGCCGUUGAAUGAGAAACUUCUCUUGGAGAUUCAAAGUAUUGGAAUUUUCCCAGAUUCAGUGCCUGAAAUGUUGCAGUUAGAUGAGGAAGAGAUCACUAACGACAUCCGUCUGUUGGAAGAGAAGAAGAAUGAGCUGGUUUCAAGAAAGAACUCUUUGCUUGACAAACUGUUACAAUCUGCCUUGGCCACAAAGCAGCUUCAAGAAAAAGAGUUUGAAAGGCUUGCCAUGGAUAAACUUGUGGCAAUGGCUUACGGGAAGUAUAUGGCUUGCAAAGUUUCUAAUGCCUCCAGUGGAAAGAGUUCCAGUAACAAAAUGGCAAAGCAAGCUGCCUUGGCAUUUGUUAAAAGAACAUUGAACCGAUGUCAUAAAUUUGAGGAUACAGGAAAGAGCUUCUUCAGCGAGCCUUCAUUUCGAGAGAUAUAUUCUUCCUGGUCUGUCAAUCCCAAUAGUGAAAGACAAUCGGAUCCUGUGGAGGGUGAAUCGGAGAAAUCAUAUGCCUCCAUUCAAUCUCUGGAUGCCAGAGUCUCAGCUUUGGCAGGUUCACAGAAUAGCCCUUCAUACUUUAGUCAGAAUGUGGAAAACCACGAUGUUACCUCUGGCAAUGUGCGCCCACCUGCUAAUCACCAAGCUGAGCGAACAACUGGAAGAGAAGAAUUAUGGUCAAACAGGGUGAAAAAGAGAGAACUGUUGCUUGAUGAUGUUGGUAAUGCAGGUGGCCCGUCUGUCAUUGGGAGUUGUAUUUCAAGCAGUGCAAAAGGGAAGAGGAGUGAAAGGGAUAGAGAUGGUAAAGGGCAUAACAGAGAGGUGUCAUCUAGAAAUGGAACCAAAAUCGGUAGGCCAACACUAUCCAAUACUAAAGGGGAAAGGAAAACUAAGACAAAGCCUAAGCAGAAAACUGCCCAAUUGUCAAUUUCUGUUAAUGGCCUUCUAGGCAAGAUGCCAGAGCAACCAAAACCAGCAUCGUCUCCUGUACUAAAAUCAAGUACUUCAACUGGUGGUUCAAAAGAAAAGGAUCGGUUUGGCUUGGAUGGACUUGAUGACCCCGAGUCCAUGGAUUUAUCUAACUUUCAAUUGCCAGGAAUGGAUGUAUUAGGUGUUCCUGAUGAUCUUGAUGGCCAGGGUCAGGAUCUGGGUUCAUGGUUAAAUAUUGAUGAUGAUGGUUUACAAGAUCAAGACUUCAUGGGCCUCGAGAUUCCAAUGGAUGACCUCUCAGAUUUAAAUAUGAUGGUUUGAAGUUGCUCUCCUUGUAUAGUCUUCAAGUCUUGUUUAUUAAUACUUUACAAACUAAAGGGAAAUCCUACGUUAAGGGUGACUGGUAGUUGCAUAGUUAUUGGCUACCAAUCCAAAUUAGGUUACUAGAUUCUUUUUGAGGCUCCUCUUCAAGUUAUUUCAAGUAAAUGUUUCGGAUGUUUGGAAUUUUGCUCCUGUAUUUAGUUGGUGACUUUGACUGUAAAGAUAGCCUUGUUCAAGCUACAAGUUAGUAUAGUCAUAGUGAUAUCUAGGGUACACAGUAUCCUUCAUGUAGCUUUUUGAUCAGAGAAUGAUACCUCUUGUACAUAAGCUUAUAUUUGAAAUAAACCAGCCUUUUAUUCUACAAGGGUC